AUGCGGUGUCCAGUGUGGCUGGUGGUGGGCGCGGCCGUGCUGGCGGCGGUCGCCGGCGCCCUGGCCCGGCAGCGGCUCACCGGCGGCGCGCUGCAGCGGCUCCAGCGACUGCGCAGGCUUCGCCGGCUGCGGGAGCAGAGGCAGCGACGACUGGAGGCAGACCACGAGACAAGCGUGGAACCCGACGUGCUGGAGCUGGAGGCCGGGGCUGAGGUGCCGGUGGCGCUCAGCAAUGUGGCUGCCCUGGUGGCGCCGGCCACGCCGACGCCACCCGCUGGCCGGCCGGUGGCACCGGCCCCCGGGUUCAGCGCGCUCUCGCCGGCCACACAGCCUCCGCAGCUGCCGACGGCGCCGACAUUGGGCCCCGCGUCGAGGAGUAACCUAACCUACCUAGUUCAGCGUCUGGAGCACUCAACCGAGAGGCCGUCCGUCAGUACCACGCCUGAGCCAGGCGUGGAGGGCCAGCUGCGUGUCAGCGGCGGCCGCGGGCCCUUCGAGGGCAACGUUGAAAUCUUCCACGACGGCCGAUGGGGCUACAUCUGCGAUGACGAGUGGGACAUGGCCGAGGCGGAGAUCGCGUGCCAGCAGCUCGGCUACCAGACGGCGCAGAAGCCCACCCAUGACGGCUUCUACGGCCACCCAGAGGGCGAGAUAUCGUUCUGGAUGGACAACAUGUACUGCCUCGGCAACGAGCGCCGCCUGAGCCAGUGUCGCUUCGACGGCUGGGCACAGCACGAUUGUGCACCCAGCGAGCUGGCCGGCGUCUCCUGCCGCGGCCAACUCGAGGACGCAAAGGCCACCAAGGCACCGGCUCUGACGACGGCCGAGCCGGCCGUGCCCAAGACGAGUUUGUGGCACACAACAAAGGGCCGGCUAAAGGUCAGACUCCGUGGAGGGCGCGUCCCCUCCGAGGGGCGCCUGGAGCUCAAGAUCGGCGAUGAUGAUUGGGGCUUGGUCUGCGGCGACGGCUGGAGUCUGCUAACCGCCAACGUGGCGUGCCGCACACUCGGGCUGGGCUACGCCGCAGCCGCUCUGCAGACGGGCUUCUUCGGUGGCAACGGCUCCACGAAGGUGAUGUCCGGCUUGGAGUGUAUCGGCAACGAGAGCGUCCUCAUCAACUGCCGGCACGACGAGCAGCUGUUCUGCCCGGGCGACCCGCAGACAAACAUCGCCACCGUGGUCUGUCAGUCCGAGAUGGCCGACCUGGUGCCCGACCACGAGGCCAUGAUGCAGUCGGCCUACCUGGAGGACCGACAGCUCUUUUACCUGCAGUGCGCUAUGGAGGAGAACUGUUUGGCCGCGUCUGCCUAUCGCAUUCGUAAGGAGAACGCUGACUGGCACGUGAUGCCGCGUCGGUUGCUGCGGUUCACCACUAAGGUGGCGAACAGAGGCAGCGCGGCGUUUCGGCCGCUGCUGCCCAAGGAGGCCUGGGAGUGGCACGCCUGUCACAUGCACUACCACAGCAUGGAGGUGUUCUCCACGUACGAAGUCAUCGACGAUAGCGGCCGCCGCGUCGCCGAGGGCCACAAGGCGUCCUUCUGCCUCGAGGACUCGAGCUGCUCUGCGGGGGUCGAGCCCGGCUUCAGCUGCGCCAACUUCGGCGACCAAGGCAUCAGCGUCGGGUGUGCCGACAGUUACGCGCACAAUAUCGACUGCCAGUGGCUUGACGUAACUGACAUAGACCCUGGCAGGUACCGACUGCGGGUGGUCAUCAACGGCGAAUACAAGGUCGGCGAGCAGAGCUGGGAGAACAACGCGGUCACGUGUGAUUUCAACUACCAGACCACGGUGGGCACCGUUACCAACUGCCACCUCGGCCGGCCCUGACCGCCCGCCCCUGGCUGCCACCUCAGCCGGCACUGACUGCGCUCCAGUCCUUUUCGGAUCACACGUCGUCUUACAUAAUAUGGCGUCAGUGAGACAGUGAGUGACAAUAAAUGACCUCAAUGGCUGACAUAAUGUGACGUCAGUGACUAAUACAAUAUGGGAGUCAGACACAGACAAUGCGAUGUCACUCACUGACCUUAUAUGGCGUCAGUGACUGAUGGAAUAAACGUCAGCGCACUGAAGAAAUUGAAGUCAGUCGUUGACACAAUAUGACAUCAGUAAUUGAUUGAGUAUGGCUUCGGUGACUGACAGAAAAUGACGCCAGAGAUUGAUAGGACAAUCUGGUAUCCAUGCCAAUAUUGGCCGCGAGUCUAUCGGGAUAAAGGGAGGGAAGGAAAGUUUUUGCCCACGAGCAGGGCCAGGAAACUUGGAUGGCGCGUGCGUUCAUUAUUUGUCCCUGUGGGAUGAGCUAUGUAUGCAUAAAUUUAAUACCAUAUUAUGACGCUGUACUGCUGUAUAUACCUACUGCUGAUGCUGCACUGCUGUUCGGCGUUGUAUGUAGGGGAGACCCGGGAGGUAUGGGCCGGUUUUGUAAAAAGGCAAUUUUCUUCCAGUGGGCAGUGGCUAGACCCGGUUUUUCACUGUGUACGUGAUUUUCGCCUGUAAAGUGUGCCUGAUACUAGGCAUCUGGGAUCAACUAUUUUGUCUCCAGAUAUCUUUCAAUAAAUCAUGCGCUUUUUCGA